GCUGCAACAUUCCCGUAUUGCCAACCACGAAACAAGUCAUGUCAUGCUCAUACAUAUGUAGGCUGCAGAGAAGUCACUCGAGGAGCUCAAGAGCUUCCGUGGUGUAAAUGAAGCCCAGAUAGGAGCCGAGCUCGCCCAACGGGUCAACUUUGUCAACCCUUUCAUCAUUGCUUGCGGGUCCAAGAAUGCCAAGUUUACAGGCAUCGCCAUAGUUUGCCUUGUACGGCUGAUUAUGAGCAGUGCCCUCCCGCGGUCAAAGCUGAGCCCAGUACUUGAAGCCUUGAGGGAGGCAACAUCCGCUGGACUGGAUGUCCAACUCAAGAUAUUACAGGCUUUACCGACCUUGUUGCAAAACUAUGCUGUCGAUAUCAAGGGCGAUCUUCUAGUCACCGCCUUGAAUAUCUGUUUCAUUCUUCAAACGAGCAAAAAUGGUAUCGUGAGCAAUACUUCAUCCGCAACGCUCCAACAGCUGGUCGUGUCUGUGUUUGACAAGGUUGUGGCUGAAGAUAGAUCGGCCUCGGACGCAGAUUACGUUGGUGACGCGCCGACCCACGAUGGCCAGGUCCAUCUGCGAUCUGCCGCCCUGGAUGCGUACCGGGUUUUCAAGGACAUAUGUUUGAUGACCGAAAAUCAACGCCCUGAAUACCUUAGGUUUACUGGCUUGCCCCAGACCUUUGGGCUUGAACUGAUAGAGUCGGUUUUGACUAAUCAUGCUUUCAUAUUUUCGUCGCAUCCUGAACAGGCUUAUGUUUUGCGUACCAGUGUCAUGCCUUUCUUGAUCAGUGCGCUUUCCGGAAAACUCAACUUCGCAACAUCCGUUCGGUUGGUGCGCAUUCUCUACACCCUGCUCAGACGACACCUUAAUAUCCUUCAGUCUCAGGGUGGAGAGGCACUCGAGAUCUUGACCCAAUUGGUUGACCAAGACACUACCCUAUGGAGACGAUCACUCUGCAUGGAAGUCUUUCGUGGUAUCUUCGCAGAGCCUGGCCUUCUGAGAAGGAUAUACAUGUUAUAUGAUGCCAAAGAGGGUGAAAAGGAUGUUCUGAAGCACUUGACCGCCACUUUUGUCCGCAUAAGUACAGAAAAGCCUGUCGUCAUUGGACUAGGUCACCAAUCCACCAUACCCGUUGCCAAUCCCUACGCCAGUGUCGGCAGUUCAACAGAUCAGGCAAUGCUCGAGGCUAGUGGCGUCACUGGUAUUAUCAGCGGAUCAGUUGCGAAUGAGGCCGGCAACACUGGUAUCAGUUCUCACUGGAGUACCAUGCGUGUGCCUUGUAUAGACCAGUUGGACAAGACAGACCCGCCACCUAUACCAGAGUCUUAUGUUUAUGCACUAACACUAUCUUGCAUCACCUCCUUGUCGGAAGGACUGGCAAAGUUUAUCUUACCUCUGACUGUUCCUGGUGACAGUCGUUCCCGGAGAAGAGGGACUAAGCAGCCGGAAGCAGGCCGAGAGUCGCCGGCCACCAUACUUGAGGAUGGUUCUGAGCCGUCAAGAGCUGGUCUAGAGAGAUCUGGGACGACCAAUCUUCUUGAAAGGUCUGCAUCAUUCAAGCGAAAUCCAGUGCCUGUUAAUCCCUUGGCGCUAACGGAUCACCCACUCCACUCAGAAGUGAAAAUCUGCGCCCAGAUAGUUGAUGAGUGCUGGCCAGCAAUCCUUGCAACAUGCUCGACUUUCUUAUAUGCAGCUUUGGACUCGGAGUAUUACCACGGGCUUGUACGAGCUUUCCAAAAGUUUACACACGUGGCGGGCUUACUACAGCUAGCCACUCCUAGAGAUGCAUUCCUUACUACGCUCGGGAAAGCUGCAGUGCCCCCGAAUGUUUUUACAGCAUGCCUGAAUUCUGGGACGUCGAAGUCUGGUCCUCCGACCCCAGCAACCGAAACGCCAAACAGCAGUAUACUUAGCAAUGCCCGUGGGCUUCUGAGUGUGGAAAGUCUUGUAACGCCAGUCGGUGCUGCAGGUGAACGACAAAGACAAGCGUCCAUAGAUGCGAAUAUCACACCGCAGACUCUCAACACGCGCAAUCUGCUUUGCCUCAGAGCGCUCUUGAAUCUGGGCAUCGCUUUAGGUCCUACGCUUACAUCGUCAUGGAGGAUUGUCCUUGAAACUUUGCAGCAGGCAGACUUUGUUCUGUUCUCUACUGGUAAGGCAGCGGGCAGGACCCCAGUUGCGGGGAAAACUCCCGACCAACAAGCGGAUAACGAAGCCGCAACACUGCUCUCCAGUUUUGGCGUCGAGAUUCGUGCCGUUGAGACUGCUGCAUCCCGCCUAUUUGAGAGUACAGUGGAUUUCCCGAACGAAAACUUCACAGAAGUUGUCGAAGCUGUCUGUGCUCUUUUACAGAAACACCCAGAACCAGCUGCGGAGCAAGAGAGCCGGCCGCCUUCAUCUGCUUCUCAAGCAUUGACACCCCCGCCCCCAGGCUUGCGAACAUCGACUGGCCAACAUCGCCGCCUUCGUAGCAUAUCGACGGCUGUCGUAGGAGGGCAAAACCAAGAAGAUCAAUUCGCCUUGGCAAAACUGGGAGACAUUGCCACCAUCAACGUCGAGAGAUUACUCUCAUAUCCUCCAGAUGUAUCUGGUUGGGCUCGGCUAACAACCAAACUCAUUCAAACAUUGAGCGCUGCUUCCGUAACGGCUCAAGUGCGUAUCCGAGCAGCGGAGAUCGUCGUUCGCCUAGUUCUCGAGGCUGCCAACACGGCUGCAAACCUCGGAGAUGACAUCCGGGGUAGUGUCCAGCUACGAUUACUGGAGGCAUAUCGAGACUCUAUCUCACCUCUCCAGAAGCAAGAUCGGCCAUCAUCUGUUGCCCACUAUGCGACUGACGUCGAUAUCCAUAAAAUUAUACUCGAAGGACUCAAAAGUCUGCUUGAUAACUGUGGAGAAACGCUCAUUAGUGGCUGGGAUGUUGCCUUCGAAAUCAUUGGCAGCAUUUUCAUGGAGAGGCGGUUUGCCCAAGACUCCGGGAAUCCUUCUGGCCAUUCAACAGUGAUUUUGACGCGCUCUAGCAAAUUGAUUCGAUCAUCCUUCAAUUCCCUACAGCUUGUAACCUCAGACUUCCUUUCGUCAUUGCCCAAUAGCUGCUUUCUUAUUCUUGUCGAUACCCUGUACAAGUUCUGUUCGCAAGACGAUGAUCUCAACAUCGCACUGACGACUGUUACAUUCUUCUGGGUGCUUUCAGACUUUCUGUCUGGCAAGAAUAAAUCGUUGCCGAUCACUAGCAGGUCGUUAGGCGAUGUUGACGAUGACACGCUUGCAAGAAUGGCGGCCGAUCCGCAGGAUGCAGCCUCGGACGCUGCUUUGUGGAUGCUUUUGUUACUAAGGCUCACCAAUGUUACUACCGAUGAGCGACUGGAGCUGCGAAACAGCGCCACACAUACACUGUUGCGUAUUUUCGAUGCUUAUGGAGAUCGACUGAGUCCUGAAGCGUGGUCUGUUUGUAUCAAAUCGGUCAUAUUUAAACUCAUUUCAUCGAUUCAGGAGCACUUGCUCUCCUUUAAAGGAUUGGAAGCUAACAGCAAAAUCCGAGACGAAUGGCAAGACACUGCUGUUGUUGUUCUAAACGGAAUCUCUGGAUUGCUCGCUAAUUAUCUCGAUGUGCUUACCGCACAUUCAACAUUUGAAGCCUAUUGGCAACAACUAUUGGAUCAUUUCGCUUCUCUGCUGGACCUUCAAGUUCUCGAGAUAAAUACGGCAACUUUCAAGGCGUUGACGGAAAUUCUCUCACGGAGCCAAUCUGACGCCAAGCAAAACUUCGAGAAAACGACCAUCGAUCUUGCUUGGGACCUUUGGUCCCGCGGCAUUCCUGUUUCGCAGCAAGAUGGUGACAAACCGAUUGAUAAUCAAAACUGUCUGUUAGCUUAUGUGGCGGCUCUUAGAGGCCUUUACCGCCUCAUACAACCAGACCUUACCGUCGAACGUGUGCAUCGAAUCCUGGCACUGCUCCAAGACACUAUACAACAAGCUAACCCCGGGGCAUAUGUUAUGGACACUGAUUAUGUUACACCUCUCCAAGGACAGAUCUUGGAUGCGUUGAAGAUGUUGAGAGCAGACAUAUCUGGAGCGCCCGCCGCUCUCAUUACACAAGCAUCUGACUUUGUUGGCCUUGCUUUUUCUGACGAUAGAGUCCAGAAAAAGGACCCAUCAGACAAGCGAAGUUAUGUGGCCAUGUCAAAAACUAGCAUGCUUAUACUACAGAACCUCAUUGUGAACCACGCAUCCGACCCAGAGGUAUAUAGCGAAGGCGCCCUUUUGGCCGCUCUGGAAUCCCUAUCAAAACCCAUUAUUUUAAAGUAUCAGUUUCCAACCAUAACCAAAGGCACGCAACCAUGGAAACAGGCCACAUCCUCAGCUAUUGCAAUUCUGGAGGCUACACUACAGCAUCUGCUGACACUGGGAAUUUCACCCACCGCUCUUCAAGAUAUAUGGGAGGUGAUUGUGGCCAUUGCUAAUGGCAUCACCAACGCAGACUGUGAUGUGCCUCCUGAACGCAUCAACCUCGUCGAGGACCAAACCUUCGACAUCAAUUCUUUCCACAGGCUCCGGGAGCUGAUCAUACCCUCCUUAGGAUCUGAGGUCAUCACUGACAAGACUCGAAAGCUUUACGCUGAAUCUCUGUUUCGUAUGUCCAUCAUUCACAGCCCUGCACCGGCUGACUCAUCUCUAAUACAUGGGAGCACUGAUGGCUCUGGGUUUGCACAACUCUUCAAAGUUCGUGCGGGUCGGACCGUCGACCCACCGCCAAGCCUGCGCCAGAAUAUGGCAUAUGUCGCCCUUGACGAAAUCUUCGCUCUACUAUCCUCUCACGACGAGGCCUAUACUCCGAAUAUCACGGUCCAGCCACCAACCCCACGCUUCCCGCCACCCGCCGGAACACCAGGCUCGUUAAAUGCACCAACAGAAGCCCCAACAGCUCUGCGAGUGCGCCUUGCUCGCACCGCCGCUCCAUACCUUAUCCUGCGGUCUGCGUUGACCCUCCGCUCAUACAUUGCAGACCAGCCACUGCGUGGGAAGAUGCCACAGCCCCUGAGUCAGCGUCGCGAACUGGGCCACAUACUAGAGAGACUGGUACAACUGCAAAGCGAGAGCGAUGCUAUCCCGGAUUGCGCAAAUGUCGAGAGCGAGAACAGGAAGCAUCUCAUAAGACUAUAUCCGCUGAUAGCCAGUGCCAUGGGCGUCGCGGGACGGAGUGGCGAUGAGGAGAUGGGCAGGAGGUUGGAACGUGCUAUGGAAGUCGUCGGUGGUGAAUUUGGUGUCUGAGACUCCUGCUACAUCUUAUGGCUUGAGAUACAUUCGACAACAGUAAAAGAUUUUUUUAAAAAAAAAGAAGUGACACGCGUCAUAGUAUCAAAUAUACUUUGUUAUUUUUUUCAUCCCAAAAAUAAGAGGGGAUACCAAGAUGUUAGCAUCUGAGCUGAGCUGUCUUAUUCCGCCGCGCCCCCGUCAGCUUUUAUAGAAUACAUGCUUCAGUUUCUGCCCUAAUGGCGAAAUACGACGCCGUAAUAUGUAAUAUG